CUUUUGACUUGCUGUUAGUCAGAACUUCCGGUUUCCUUCUUUACGUCGUGAGAUACCAAGUCGAGAAAAGCUAGACAAGAUGCAGCUCCAUAUUCGGGGACAGGAAAGUCACAUUAUCGAGUGCCAGGGUAAUGAGACCAUCGCACAAAUCAAGUCACAGCUUGCAAUUCUUGAAAAUGGAAGCACAGAAUUUAGCCUUUCUUGCGGAGGUGCUAUACUCUCCGAUGAUACUAAUGUAUCUGAGCUCUCCAGCGACACCCUUGAACUGACUGUUCCCUUGCUUGGAGGUAAGGUGCACGGUUCCUUGGCUCGUGCUGGUAAAGUAAAGGGGCAGACACCGAAGGUUGAGAAACAAGAGAAGAGCAAGAAGAAGACUGGCCGUGCAAAGAGGCGCAUACAGUAUAACCGCAGAUUCGUCAACGUCGUACAAACCUUUGGACGUCGUCGCGGACCCAACGCUAAUCCUAAUUCAUAAAUGAUUCCUCAGAUACUGGGUCAAUUCGUCAUGUAUUUGUACUACCAUGUAAUUCGUGAUAACUGAUAAUACAUAAUACGUGUCGCAUUAUCCUACAAUGAG